UCCCCAGUUACAAUCUCCCUUCCGCCUGCCUCCCGACGUGAGAUCGCUGCGCGCUUUCUUCCCACCUUCUGCUGCACGAGCAAGUUCCCGCUUCCCCGGCCGACCCCGACGAACUUAGAUCGCUCCUUCCUCCGUGCACGGACUCUGCUACGCCAUUGAACUGCUCCCUCCCUCCCUCCCCGCACGGACGCCGUGGAGAUCUCUUCUCUCGCGCACAACGCCGUCGAACUCCGCUUAGGUAACCUACCUCUGCUCUUCUUGCCCCUUGCGCUCGCAGAUCGGACUCGUUCUUCAUGUCCGCACCCAUCCCAAACGGAAGCGGUGUAUGCCGAGUUCGUGUAACAGAGAUGCUAAAGAUUUUCUGGAUUUGUACCAUAAUUCCAAAGUGGAUUGAUAGCCAUGUACAAGGAUAAAGUUUGCAGAAUUACUAGAAGCAUCUCCUUGUUUGGGUUCCAUGCAAUUGGUCUAAGCUAUUACAUUUGAUGUUUUCUUUGAGGGCAUCAAUCUUUCUCUAAAAUGGUUACUACGAAACAUAUGUGAUUAUUUUCUGAAACUUGGGGGUAUUACAAGGUUGUCAUUUGCAGCCCGAGGACGGGUGUUUAUUAGUUUGCGGAUUCAAUGCAAAAGGGUUGGCUAUGUGGGUAGUUUUUUCAUUGACACUGGCAUAACAAAUCUCUGUGCAUGAAUUACAGGGUAGAUAUCCAAACAACCUUCAUUCGAAAGUCAAAAAGUGUGAGAUCAACAAGAACCUUGCAGGGAAUACUGGUGCAAACUGCCAUGGAUCCUGGGCAUUAUGGUCGUGAACAAGGAUGGGAUACUAACAGCGUAAUUGCAGUUUCCUCUUUUGUUACCUAUAACCAGGAUGGUAUAGCAGAUUAUGCACAUGACAUGUGCCCCAUGUUCAAUGGCAUGCCAUUGUAAAAGAACUGUUGAAGAAAGCUGUGGGACAGUUUUUAUAUGGAGUGGAUUUCCCUACCCCUUCCAUAAAUAUUUGAUGCUAACUUGCUUAUUCUGUUGAAUCUACAGGCCUCAGAGGGGUAUGGCCCUCCCCACCAGCAGGAGUUUAGGUUCAGUGGAUCCUAUGGUGGUAGGAGGUUCUUAGCAGAUGGAUUUCCCAGGGGUUCUGGUUAUCCAAGGAACUCUUUCCGUAAUGACAUGCAUGAGAGGGAUAUUUAUCUGCCACCACAUGCUCCUGGUGUCUGGUCUCAUCCUAGAAGAAAUUUUGAUGGAGAAUAUGCACUCGUCAGGGAUUCAAGCAAGAAUGUUGAACCAUAUCACGAGAUGGAUAGUUUUGGUGACCCAGCAAGUUAUCGUGAAGCUGAUUCUUUUCAUGAUGUUGAUAAGUUUCAUGAUAGGUACCGGAGCAUGGAAAGAUACAGUGAUGAAGAUAGUUAUCAUGAUUAUGGAUAUGACAGACAUGGUAGGUUAGCGGAUAGAGACCGAGAAGAAGUCUGCAGUGACUACGAAAUACGGCAUCAUUCAUCCCAUCGAAGUAGGGAAGGUUCUCGAGAUAGAGGUUUUGAUCAUGAUCGGUAUAACUAUGAUUCUGAUCAUGAAAGAAGCAAGAGGGAAGGUAGUUGGCGAAGACAUGGAUCUCAUGAUCGCGAUCAUGAAAAGAGAGGUUUUGGCAGAGAAAAAGAUCAAAGUCCAUACAGACAACGUGAACGCUCACAUUCUCGAGGUCGUGAUGACCAAUCUAGAUCAAGAUCUCCUCGAAGUAAAAGUCGUAGAAGCCAUAGAGAGGAAAGUUACGAUGAUGGGUGGUAUGAGAGAAAUGAUAGACGAUGGGAUUAUGAUCGUGACGAAAAACGAUAUAAUGACUCUUCUGUGGCUCCAUCUGCUACAGUUGUUGUGAAGGGUUUAUCACAAAAAACAACUGAAGAAGAUUUAUAUCAAAUUCUUGCUGAAUGGGGACCACUUCGACAUGUACGAGUUAUUAAAGAGAGAAAUUCUGGAUCCUCUCGUGGUUUUGCUUUUAUCGACUUCCCUGACGUGGAUGCUGCUCAUAAGAUGAUGGAUGGCAUGGGAAAUAGUGGUCUUGUAAUUGAUGGAAGGAAGCUAUUUUUCGAGUAUAGUAGUAAGCCAACUGGUGGGAAUGGUGCUCCUGUAGGGCAGGAAAGCAUGGGUAAAUCAAGCUAUGGGCAUGGGAAAAGCAUUACUGCACCAUGUGACUGGACAUGCCUCAUCUGUGGAUAUUUAAAUUUUGCACGGCGAACAUCCUGUUUCCAGUGCAAUGAAGCUCGUACUAAGGAUGCUCCUCCAGCUGAUAUAGCAAGCACAAAUCCAGCAUCAUCAGGGAAGAGGGGUUCUGAUCUAGGUCCUACACAUGUUUUAGUUGUACGGGGGUUGGAUGAAAAUGCAGAUGAAGAAAUGCUUCGUUAUGAAUUUGCCAAACACGCUCCUGUUAAGGAUCUUCGCCUUGUCAGAGAUAAAUUCACCCAUGUGUCUCGGGGAUUUGCUUUUGUGCAUUUUCACUCGGUGGAAGAUGCAACUAAAGCUCUUGCAGCUACAAACGGAACAACGCUGGAGAAGAACGGUCAAGUCUUACGUGUAGCAUAUGCUAAAAGUAUUCAUGGACCUGGAUCUGGGGCUCCACAAUCAAGCAGUCUUGCGGCAGCUGCUAUUGAGGCAGCAACAUUUGCUCAACAGUACGAUGCUGUUGGUUGGGCACCAAAGGAGUACAACCCAGAUAAAAAACAAUCUACAGCUGGGCUUGGGCAAAGUAAUGCGGAAGCUCUGGAACAUGGUUCUGCACCACAAUCUGGUUUUGUGUGGGAUGAUAAGUCUGGCUAUUACUAUGAUGCGGCCUCUGGCUUCUAUUAUGAUGGAAAUACUGGUCUUUACUAUGAUGGGAACAAUGGGGUUUGGUAUUCUUUUGAUGAUCAAACUCAGCAGUAUGUACCUUGUAAUGAGCAGAGCAAUAACAAGGCAGUUGGAGACACAACAAAUGAAACUUCAAAGACUUCAGAUGCAACCACAAGCAAAAAAGUUGUGAUAUCUGCACCUGCAACUACAGUGAAAUCAAGUGAAAAAGCUUCAUUGCCUGAUGCAGUUCAGGCUGCUGCUGCAGCAGCGUUAGCAGCAGAGAAAAGAGAAAAAGAAAAAUCUAGAGAGAUAAAGUUGGCAUCCAAAAGUAGUCUUUUAGCAAAUAAGAAGAAGAUGAAUAAUGUCCUGACAAUGUGGAAGCAAAGAAACCAUGAGGGGCAGUCAGCCCAUGUAGUUCUCGAUGACAAGGAACCAAUGAAUUUUACCGAUGAUAAAGCAAACAAUUCUUACUCUGCACCUGGAGCAUCAACUGCAAAAAACAAGACAAAAGCUGAUUCUGCAAGUUUGAAUAGCUCAGUUCAUCCAUCUUUAUCUGCUAGCCGUGGGGCUGUUCAUGUUGUUACUUCUGAAGCACUGAACACUGAUUCACAGAUUAAGCCGAGACCUGUUAGUAGUUCAGGGGGCACAAUCAUGGGUGUUAUAAGAGGUUCUGGAAAAGGGAUUAUAAAGCCUGAUACAGCUUUUCCUGUCUGUGUCACUGGAGGUACCUCACUCACUACUGCAACAGCACACCCAACAGAAACAACAUCCACUAGCACACCCUUCAAGACUGAUGCCUCAGCGCUGGGUUCAUAUGCAUCAUCUUCAUCUGCUGGACGUGGAAAACGCAGGUUUUCGGAGGCACCAGUGCAAUCUGUUUCCAGAGAUCAACCUCAGUCAACUUAUAGAGAUAGGGCAGCUGAAAGAAGAAAUCUUUAUGGUUCAUCAUCUGCUACAGGGGAUGAUUCGUCAGAUAUGGGAUAUGGGGAUUCAAUAACGGGAGCGAUGCCCUUUCCCCCUGGAGUUGGAGGAUGGGCUGCUGGCGAUACAAGUGAUGCUGAGAAUUAUGAAGUGAUCACUUCUGAUCGAGCUCUUGAUGAAAACAAUGUGGGAAACCGGAUGCUUCGCAAUAUGGGUUGGCAAGGACUGGUAACUCCCUUUCUUUAUGUUUUGUGCCCAUUUUUAUUCUGCAUUAUCUCAACCAGCUAUUUUUUGCGUGGCAUGUUUGCAUCAGAAACUCACAAUAUUUCUCCCAUGUAAUGGUCUAGAUUUUCUGCGGAUCAUUCUCUCCUUUUCGCCUCCGCCUAAUAUGCCCUUUAGGAAGCAUGUUUUCACCUAUCAGAUAAAGUGAUACGAAAUCGUGAUACAGAAUACUUAAGAAGAUUUGUAGAUUUCAUGUUUUACGGUUCUCAAUUAUUAGGUUUUGGUUCAAACUACAAUCAGAACAAAAUCUUUCAUCUUACAAUAGGAUAGUAAAGGUAGUUCCAUCGAUAAAGCUGAGAUGACCGCCCAUUGAAAGUUACUCUGUGCAGUGAGGGUAUUUUGUAUUUUACACUACUAUGGUUUCCUCGUCCUGACAUCAGUUUCGGUGGUUGGCUUCUUGCCCCCCUUUUGUUUCUUUAAACUUCUGAGCGAGCAGGGACUUGGCAAAGACAGCAGUGGCAUCAAGGAGCCUGUCCAGGCAAAAGCUGUGGAUGGUAGGUCGGGGCUUGGAAGCCAGCAGAGGAAAACUGACCCAUCACUAGAGGCACAAGCUGGUGAUAGCUAUCGAACCAUCAUUCAGAAGAAAGCUAUGGCGAGAUUCAGAGAUAUGGCAUAAGUAGAUCAACAUUGAUGAUAUCAGUUAUAAAUACUACAAUUGCUGUAGAUUCUGAAACCUUCUUCGAGAUUUGUCUCUGCAAAUAUCCUGUUUAUCAUUUAUGGCUUAUCUCUAGCUAUGCCGUAACAAUUGUGGAUCAAGUUAGAGUUGCUGGAUUCAUGCCUGUUUGAGGUAACUUUAUAAGCCGACUUGCUGCUGCCUUUCUUCGCUGUUGGCUAUUAAAACAAUGAGACAUGAUUUGAAUGGCUCAAAUAAAAAAUAUUAUUUUA